CGUGGCGUCAACUGAAUGGCUGAUCCCACGUAAUUCCUCCUUCCCGGCUCCGCCGAGCUAAACUGCGCCAUUCAUACUCUUCGCCCCCGUUUUUUCCCCCACCGCCGUUGGUCCCGCGAGAAUCCCAAAGGUAGAAUCAGAAAGAGGCGGCGGCUGGAAAAUCGGAAUUCAAACAUGGCGGUUCGAGCGACAGUGAACCGGUUCCCGAUGGACCAGGACGCUCAGGAGUCGUCGGGGAUCCCUUGGGGAUUGACCGUCACUCCAUUCGCCACCAGGGACGAGGACGGCAAGCCGCCGGCUUAUGGAUCCAACGGCCAUUUGCUGCCGCGAUGCGAGAAUUGCUACGCCUACUUCAACACCUACUGCGAGCUGGAGCAGUGGGCCUGGAGCUGCGCGCUCUGCGGGACGCUCAAUGGACUACACACCGAGGCCAUUGCUCGUUACUCGCUUCCGGAGUCUUGUCCAGAGAUGAUGUCCUCGUUUGUAGAUCUCGAAUUGCCCGUUGAGGGCGCAGAAGAUGAAAUGACUCAAGCUCGUCCGGUCUAUGUUGCUGCUGUUGAUUUGUCAUCUUCAGAAGAGUUCUUGGAGCUUACAAAGAGUGCACUGGAGGCUGCUCUGGAAGCUUUGCCGUCGGGUUCACUUUUUGGUCUAGCUACAUUCAGCCACAAAAUUGGGUUGUAUGAUGUCCAAGGGCCCAUCCCCAUUGUCAAGAAUGUUUUCGUCCCUCCUGAUGCAGAGGGCACUCUGCCAGUCGAGCUUGAUGAUGUCAUGCCUUUAUUACAAUUCUUGGCCCCAGUGGAUACAUUUAAGGAUCGUAUCACAGCUGCACUUGAUACUCUCCGGCCAACAACUUCGUGGGAGAGAACCUCAGGUGCAGGGCAAGGUAUAGAUGGCGUUUUGAUGGGUGGGCGUGGAUUUGGUGUCGCAAUGGAAGCUCUGUUUAAGUACCUGGGAUCAGAAUAUGGAAACACAUUUGCUUUAGCUAGAGUGUUUGCCUUCAUCUCUGGUCCACCUGAUUAUGGAGCUGGGCAAUUGGAUACAAGGAGGUAUGGUGAACAGUAUGCUAGUAAAGGCGAGGAUGCGGACAGGGCAUUACUCCCAGAGCAGACACCAUUUUACAAAGAACUGGCUGCUGUCGCUGUUCAAUCAGGUGUUUGUGUUGAUCUAUUUGCCAUUACAAAUGAGUACACAGAUUUGGCAUCCCUUAAGUUUCUUAGUAUUGAAAGUGGAGGUUCCCUGUUCCUCUAUGCAAGCACGGAUGACUCAACGUUGCCUCAGGAUAUGUACCGUAUGCUAAGUAGACCUUAUGCAUUUGGUUGUGUACUGAGAUUGAGGACAUCUUCAGAAUUCAAAAUUGGUCAUUCUUAUGGUCAUUUCUUCCCAGAUCCCCAGUACGAAAAUGUUCAGCACAUCAUAUGCUGUGAUUCUUAUGCUACUUAUGCAUAUGAUUUUGAUUUUACAAGUGCCGUUGGAUUUUCCAGAUACGCAUCAGAGCAACCUGUUGUUCAGAUUGCAUUCCAGUACACAGUUGUGGUACCUUCUGAAGAACUAGCAAGCUCAGGGGUGGGUUCCACAAGUAGGGGCAAGCAUUUUCUUAAAAGGAGAAUAAGGAUCCGAACAUUGCAAUUUGGAGCCGCUCGAAAUGUUAAUGAACUAUAUGACAGUGUUGAUCCUGAAGCUGUCCUAUCAGUUCUUGUUCACAAGGUUAUACUAGAAUCUCUAGACCAGGGUGUUCGAGAGGGCAGGAUGUUGCUUCACGAUUGGCUUGUCAUCCUAACUGCUCAAUACAAUGAUGCUUACAAAAUUGUCCAGUAUAAGAACGGAAGUGCAGCAAGUGCUCAGGUAGAUGUUGUAUUCUCGCAAUGCCCACAACUGCAGCCCAUUCCUCGCUUAGUUUUUGCUUUGCUCCGAAAUCCUCUUCUCCUUUUCCAUGAAGAAGGUGUCCACCCUGAUUAUCGGAUUUAUCUCCAAUGCCUCUUCAGUGCACUGGAAGCAAGUUCCCUUCACCGAGCCGUUUAUCCAGUGUUGUCAUCAUAUUCUACACCAGACAAACAAGCAUAUCCGCGUCACUCAUUGAGUCGUGCUGCGCUGAUCGCUAGCAGCAGUCCAAUAUUCUUCCUAGAUGCAUUCACUACUCUAAUCGUUUUCUACUCUUCCACAGCAGACCCAUCACUUCCUUUCCCCCCUCCACAGGAUUGUUUGUUGAGGAGCACGAUAAAUAAAUUGAAGCAAGAGAGGAGCAUCACUCCGAAACUGAUAUUUAUUCGAGGAGGGCAGGAGGAUGCUUCUGCUUUCGAGAACUAUCUCAUCGAGGAGCAGGAUGUCGAUGGCAGUGGCUUCACCAGUGUCAUGGGUUUCCUUUCUUUCCUCGAAGAUGUCACCCAGAGCGUGCUGGAAUACAUGAAAUAGAGUCUGUCCCCCCUAACAUCAGAACCUCAGCCUGAAAUUACCCGAAAACCGGGAAGGACACAUCUCACGAGGAAAGAAGCUACAUGUUGGUGCAAGGAACUUCUCGAGAAUGACAAUUGCGAGCCCUUGGAGAAACAAGUGCAGCUGGCAGCACCCGAAGUUCAGGCUUGGGAUACACCGAGAGAGCAGAACAACGGAGAGAAUGUAUCCUUCUUUUUGUAAAUUAGGGGAUAUUACAGGAACCUCUGUACUCCAGAAUUUUGUACCAAAUGAUGAGCUUUCCCCUCCAUUUUUCUCCUGCAGAAACUUUUGAUGGUUUCUCUUUCCCCAUAUGAUUCAUGGGAUAAAUGGCUUGCUGUACUUUUGUCCCCUUUUUCUGGGGCUAGAAGCCUAGAACUAGAACUGUUUUGUGCUGAUCUAGGUGUCAAAUUGCUGUCUGGUGAGUGGUGAAUAAAGUAGCGGCCUUUUCUACUAGUAGUGGCGGGAAUUGCUUCUAUAUUCAAACUUGACUAGUUAGACCAUAUGACUACUAAUUCUACUGAAUCUGUUACUAGUAGCUUCUCAAUCUCACAGCCGUCAGAUUAUGCGACUUUGAUCGCCUGCCAUUGUGAUCGAAUCAGCUAUCAUGAUGGCGGAGAUUUACUUUAUUUUUGACAGGGAGAUCAAUUGCUCGAACCAAUCGAGUUCCGAUGGAGGAUGUUGUAAUGUAAGGGUAGGGUUAGUUUUCACUCUGAUAAAAUUGAAAUUGAACCAUAUAGUAAAGAAAGAAGGAUAGGGCAACAAAAUACACAACAAUACUAGAGAAGGUUCUUUCUAAACCAAGUAGGUCAAAAUAGUGCUUGAUUAUGAAGUGUGAAACCAAUUAGAGAAUCCCCCUGGUGAUUUGCCUUUCACUUGCUUUUGGCCGCCUUUCACACUCACAGGCUCACAAACUCACCUAAAAGGAGGAUUCUACUUUGCAUUGGGAUUUCGAUUUUGUGCAUAGAUUGGAAGGACUAGCAAGCAAGUGGGACAUUAUUGACCAUUAAACAAACGUAGAUGAAUGACUCAAAGGGGUUGGUGAGUCGUUCACCCAAAAGCAUUAUUUUGGAAGCAAAUUUGGAAUCAUAAACAAAUGACAGAAGGGGGGAAAAGACUGUAUUCUAUGGUGUAUUUAUGUUCCAGCAAACUUUUGUUGUAACCUUUUUAUGCUUUGUUGACUUUGUGCAACAAAAAACAAAUCCACAACAACAAAAGCAUCUCUUAUUCCUAACCCCAUUCAACACCACCAUGUUCUUGGAAGUUGUUUGAACUUUGAGCUUUCAUAUGUAGUAGUUACGUGCCACUAACUUAAACUAUAGUUUGUUUCCAUCCAUUGAAAGUUGAAACCCAUAUUCCAUAAUAUGAGCAAGGCGUCAAUCCUUGUAGCCAUAGGGGAAAAGGAAAAUCUGACUAUGUUCUGGGGUUAAGAUGGUGAUACGCUCCAUUCAAAUGAACAUGAUAAAUAACACAAUGAUAUAUCAUUCGAGUCAUUCAUGCUCUGCUCCAUAUUAUUUGUCCAUUUUUCCCUCUCCGAUCGAUGGGCAGGAACGUUAUCACCUAUACAGGCACAAAUACACUAUUCAUCGUUUGAUCCAAAUGAAGGCUUAAUAUUGAU